AUCAUUUCUUUCCCUUUAACCGCCGGUAGAAGGAACCGGUAGCGGGAGCGUCAAAACGGUGACGUGUCGUAAAGGUAGAUGGAAAGUUUGAAGAAGUAGCUAAACUCCUCCUCCUCGUCCUGCACAAGCUUCCAGAAGAAAAUAAAAUCAAAGCGAGAGAGAGAGAGAAAGAGAGAUCCACAAAUUUGGAUUCGGUCAUCGCGCCGGAGAGAGUAGCUCAGACUAAGAAAGAUAGUUUUCUGCGGCUAGAUCGGUUCGAAUUAUGGAGGCGGAGAAGUGGAGCAGCGACGGUGGCGGCGAAUACACUUCGGAGGACGAAGGGACUGAGGAUUACCGCCGCGGCGGUUACCACGCCGUUCGGAUCGGCGACUCCUUCAAGAGCGGCCGGUACGUUGUCCAGAGCAAACUCGGCUGGGGCCAUUUCUCCACCGUCUGGCUCUCCUGGGACACUCUAUCCUCUAGAUAUGUGGCGUUGAAAGUACAAAAGAGUGCACAGCACUAUACCGAAGCUGCCAUGGACGAGAUAACAAUAUUGCAACAGAUCGCUGAGGGAGACGCUGAUGAUACCAAAUGCGUUGUGAAGCUUUUGGAUCAUUUCAAGCACUCUGGUCCUAACGGUCAGCAUGUGUGUAUGGUUUUCGAGUACUUGGGAGAUAACUUGCUAACGCUUAUAAAGUAUUCUGACUACCGUGGCUUGCCUAUUCCCAUGGUUAAGGAGAUUUGUUACCACAUGUUGGUUGGUUUGGACUACUUGCAUAAAGAGCUCUCUAUUAUACAUACCGAUCUCAAGCCUGAGAAUGUACUGUUGGUAUCGAGGAUCGAUCCGUCUAAGGAUCCUAGGAAGUCCGGAGCUCCGCUUGUUAUCGCUAGUGGUAAGGAGAAGACUGUUGACUCCAAUGGAGACUUUGUCAAGAAUAAAAAAAAAGAUGUUCGUAGAAGAAAGCCUAGUGGUGCUGCUGAAGAAGACUGUCCUUCUACUUCUACUGCUAAUGGCGGGGAGGAAGUGAAGCAAGGAGGUAAGAAAGGGAGUCGAUCGAGUAGAAGGCACCUUGUGGAAUCUGCUGAUCUCAAGUGUAAGCUUGUUGACUUUGGUAACGCGUGUUGGACUUAUAAACAGUUCACGAGCGACAUUCAGACGAGACAGUAUAGGUGUCCGGAAGUGAUCCUUGGAUCUAAGUAUUCUACAUCCGCAGAUCUCUGGUCAUUCGCGUGCAUAUGUUUUGAACUUGCCACUGGUGAUGUACUUUUCGAUCCCCAUAGUGGAGACAAUUAUGAUAGAGACGAGGACCACUUGGCUUUGAUGAUGGAGCUUCUUGGAAUGAUGCCACGCAAGAUAGCUUUAGGAGGCCGCUAUUCCAGAGAUUUGUUCAACAGGCAUGGUGAUCUUCGUCACAUCAGAAGACUGCGUUUCUGGCCAAUGAACAAAGUCCUUACCGAGAAGUACGAGUUCAGUGAGCAAGAUGCAAAUGAGCUGAGUGAUUUUCUUGUUUCGAUUCUUGAUUUCGUACCGGAGAAACGACCAACUGCGGCUCAGUGUCUUUUGCAUCCUUGGAUCAACUCUGUCCCUCGCUCUCUAGAACCGCCUCUCUCACCGGAAGGCAAGCUGGUGGAUACAGAGAGAAAGAAGAGAGAGAACGAGGAGCAAGAAGGUGUGGUAGUUAAAAUGGGAAACGUUGCAAUAUCAUCCCCAAAAUCCAAACCAGGUAUGAGCAAGAGCUCCUCUCUUAAACAAGCAAUUUGAUAUUGAGCGAAAGGGGGAAAUGCGAUAUUUAAACCUCGCCACUGUGAUAGUGAGAGAGUUCGAGCCAGAACCAUCUCAAGUUUCAUAUGUGCAGAGUGAUGUCUUGUUUGUGUACUUUUACGAAUCCAUAUAUAUUUGACAUUCAACAUGUAUUUUUAUUGAAUAUAUCAUCUUUUAUGAAAUCACAA